UGCAGGAGGGUGAUAGAUGGCCUCAACUCCAGUCUACCAAACCCUCCGCCAGGCUGCGGGCUGCCCGAGCGAUGCCUCAAUGGAUUACGGCCCGAGGCACUGCAGUCCCACCGCCACCACCUCCGCCUCAAGAUGACUUACCGCCUCUCGAACCUGAGUACGAGGUCAUCGAGUUCUCUGGCCAGCAGACGUACAGCAAUCAGCCGAUCAUCAGAGGAAAAGAAUUAAGAGAGAGAAAAAGAUGUGACCUAUGCGGUUCCUCUGCACCGGCGGUCAGGUGCUUGCAAUGUGUUCAACAGAAUUUCUGUUAUUCCUGUGACGAAAUGUAUCAUCGACAUCCAAAGAGGCAAUUUCACACAAGAAAGGAGCUGGAAGGGGGAGGACUUCCACCGCUGCCGCCGAAAGGAGAGCCUCAACCACCGCCCGUCCCGCCACCCCGGAGGAACAAGAGAGCAACACCCCGCCCCCAACACUCACCCCAACCACCCCCCAUACCGCCCAGUCCCCAAAUCUCACAGAGAGAACAAUUGCAUCCAAAGCAGGGAUUGAUGGGUAGCCUGAAGAGGAUGAUUGGCGGAAGGCAGCUACCCAUAGUCCCACACGGCAUAGAACAUCAGAACCAAAUGCCCGUAAACAAUUCCAUGAUGAAGUUCCAUGAUUCUGCGAUGAACUGCAACGGCUGUCAAGAUUGGUUGGAAUUUCAAAGAGGGCCAAGGUCGGGGAGCUUCAGCAAUCUUAAUCCUCCAAACUUCGGACUAAUGAUGCAGUCGCAGUCAAUGGCUCAUCUAAACUGUCCUAGCUGUCAGAAACAACCAAUGUGGAAUCCGUGGAACGGAAUGCCAGCCGCUGGAACGUGGCAAAGCUCUGCCUUCUUAAACCGAUAUCCUCCUAGGGAAGAAUGGAGUGAUAGUGACAGUGAAUUUGGUGGACAUAAGGAACGUCAGAGAAGAUUCAGUACUCUUUCAGCGAAAACUCCAAAGAGUUACGGAUACGACGAUACUCAUUCUGUGAGAGGUGGGAGGCGAACAGACGCUGAAACUUCAUCUAAUAAAGGGAAUCGUCGAAAAGAUUUUGAAACCAUGUCCAAUUACGGUGGAAGUAGAAGAAAUCGGACUGGAUCAAUGUCAUUACGCGGAAGUAGAAGAAGUGACUUGGAAAAUUCGUUACCUCGUUCUCAAAAAAGGUUGAAUGACGUCCAACGUAAUAAAUGUUAUGAUGAUGACAGUGAUGGAAGGAUUAAGGAUUCUGAAACUUCUGAUAUAGAGAGUGAUGAUGAUUUUGUUGCGAAAAAAAGUACGAGAAAAAUCAUGUCUGAUGUUGAAGAUAUGCACAUGUCACGAAAAAAAUCUGAACCGCUCAUAGCAAAGUCGAAUAUAUCUGACGGAUCAAGGUCGGUCAAAAGCCAGAGUAAAAGAAAUGAAGAUUUUACAGAUAUCGGAAGAAAACCAUCUUCUUUUAUCAAAACUCCGAGCAUUCCGAGAGAUGGAAUUCAGGACAAUAUAAAAAAUGCAAGACAAACCGAGUCAGAGCAUGAAGAUGAUCUCAUAAAUGGAAUUGAGUUGCGCAAAGCAGACGAGGAAGAUCUAGGGCCUAUUCCUGAUACCGAAUGGGAAUGUAAGCACUGCACCUUUAUUAACCAAGGAGGGACGAGGGUCUGCACUGUUUGCUGUAAGACAACCGCAAAACCGAAAUUAUGCAAAACAACAUCACCACCUUCAGGAGACUUCAUGAAAAAAUUAAUAAUAGAAGAUAAACAACCAAACGAACCAUUGCCCAAGAACCCUACUAAGGAGUUGAAGGAGAAGAGAGGUAUCUCAGAAUCUAACCGAAAUUUAGCCUCUAAAGGAACGUCUCCACCUCCACAAAGUAUCUCAACGCAGACAUAUGAGGAAGCUGGUCGUAAAUUGAAAAGAGCAACGUCGUUAGCUGAUUACGGAAACUGGAGAACUCCACAAAGAUCGACGAGUAAACAAUCUCUUCUAAGCGACACACAGAGCUUGCCGGUGACACCACCUCGAUCACUAAGCCCAGAGCAAAAGAAGAACGAUGCUCUUCGGAGAUCAUCAGACCAGUUCAGCCAAAGAAGCAUAAGACGAGCAGGAUCUCAACCUCCAGAAUACAUCAGUUCUCUCGUACAAAAGCAGGUUAAGCAAGGUCUGGAAAUGGUGAAACUGUUAAGAGAAGCAGAAGAACAUCAAUUUUCUGCAGAUGAUUUGGCAAUUGCCUUGCUUCACUGUGGAGAUGGAGAUCCUAUAAACUGGCUUCAAGAAAACUGGAGAAAUAUGAUAGACACAGUAGUUACUCUAGGUACAAACUAUGGUCAAGAAAGAAAAGAAAAUAUAGUUGGUACUAUUUCAGCUUCUGAAGCACGAGAAGCACUUAGGAUCCAUAAUGGUAAUGUUUGGGCUGCUGUAACAGAAUGUGUAGAACAAAGGCAAAGAAAGUAUGCUGAGCUUUUGUCCAGAGGAAAUUUUUCAAGGGAAGACAUAGUAACUGUUCUGACAGCCAAUCAUGGAAACUUAGAGGAAGCUUACAAAGAACUAAACAAGAAUCAAUUGAAGCCAUUUUUAAUGAGAAUUUGGGGACCACCACAAGGUGCAGAUAAUGAUGAUGGAGAUAUCACAAAGUUAGCACAUGGUGAGUUGGAUGGGCAGGGUGAUAAGAAUUCAGAAGAGGUGAGUGUGGAUUUAAGUAUAGAAAGUAAUUUUGAUCGUAUACAAAACUGGCUUGAUCAUGUAAAUAUAAACAAUAAAGCUAGAUUUUCCCAGUCAAUGUUACAAUUAAAUUUAAAUAGAGGCAAUGCCUUGGAACCCGAAUCAAAGUUUCAAGUGAAUAAUUUAGAUUUUUCUGGAAAACAUCAAACAUCUGAUAUUCACAGAUAUUUAACUAACUUCUAUAAUGCAAAUGAAAAAUCAUUAAGAAUAGGUACUAAAAGCAUGUACAGUAGUGAAAAUAAUUUGAGCAUGACAGUGCAGCGUAAUGAAGACAAUUUACACCAUCCAAAACAAAUUCAAUCAAGUUCAAUAAAUAAUGAAAGUAAUAAUGGUCACCUAAUAAAUGAAAUAGAAACAGUUACAAUUAAACUAAAACCAAUAGUAGUUGGAAUUAAUGAUGAUCAAACUGAUGAUUCUGAUUCCAAUGAAGGAGAAAAUAUGAUUUUCAAUACAAAAAAUGAAAUUGGUUCAGAUGUUUUAAGUCGUAGUUCCGGCGAAUCGAAGAGAGAUACAAAACCCAUCAUAUCCAAUCCAAAAUCAGAUAUCGAUAUGCCUUUUUCAAAUAAUAAACAUUUAAUACUAUCUAGAAGUGAAUCAGAAACAAGCAGUGAAUCAUUUGAAAGUUUACACUCUAGUAGCUCUGAAAACCAAAAUAUUUAUCAAAAUACAGCUGCAAACAUUUUGGAAAAUGAAACUUCUAGUUCUAAUGAUAUUUAUGAAAAUAUUCAAAUAAUUCAUACUGAUAAAGAACAAAAGGAGAUUGAAACUCAUCAACAUGUUUCAAAAACAAAUGAUGAAAUAAAUAAUUGUAAUCAAUCAAAUAUUCAAAUGACUGCAUCAGACCCACUAAUUAAGAGUCAAUCAGAUAAUCUUCAAUCAAAUGGUAAAAUAGAUAGUAAAUUAUUUUCUAAUGAAAGACUAAAUAAACAGAGAGAAAAAAUAGUACAACCAAUUGUAAGCGAAGGAAGUGACAACUCAGAUAAUUAUAGUAUUGAAGAAAUUAUUCCAGAUAAUAAUGAAAAGAAGUUGGUGAGGGAAAGUAAUACAAUUGAAAAUGCCGUAAGAAUGACCACUUCUCAGAGUUCCACCUCAUCUCUUUAUGAAGAAAAUGAAUCAAAUAAUGAAAGCAAUGGAGCUUUCAUCCCAAAACAAGAACAAGUUCUACAAGAAAGAAAUAUUACUGUCACUAGUAAUAUAACUUCUAAAGUUAAAGAAACAAGUAAAAACACAAUAAAAAAUUAUCAUAAUCAAAAGACUUCUAAAACCAUAUCCAAAAAUAGUUAUCCUUCCAAAACUAAUAGUACGAGUUCGAAAUCUGAUUACGACAUCAAUGAAUGUGAGAGUAACGAAUUUUCUGAGGAAAGCAAUGAUUUCAUUGAUCAAAACGAUCUUCCAGUCCAAGUGAUUACAAUAAAAAGAAAUCAAAUUUCUGAAGAAAAUAACAAUUCAAUUAUGCCAAACCAGGAUAUAGAUCAAGUUGCGAUUUCUGAGAAGAAUGACAUUAAAACCAAUACUGAAAAUAACCCUAGAAAUAAUUUAUACAAUUAUGAUCAGACAGAGCUGAUAGAUAUUCUAAAACAUAAUUUGACUAAAGAUGAUGUAGUAGAAAAAAUAGUUCAUACCCUAUUUGCAAGUGUUUUAAGAGCUUCAGCUGAAACUCGUCGCGAGCGAGAUAUUGAACUAGUAAAUAAAAUGGUAAACGAAAAGAAAAUUGAACCUGAAGAAACAAGUGAUUUAUUAACUCGAGUUGGUGAUCUUAAUUAUUUACAAAACAGUGACGUGGCUGAAAAAAGAUUGCUAAGUAAUCAAGAAGUAGAAAGAAAUGUUACAGCAAUAGCUGCAGAAGAGAACACUUCUAAAGAAACUUAUUCCAACAUUGAUAAUAACGAAACAAAAAUUGACGAUAAAUUGAAAAGGCUUAACAAAGAAAUAUAUUUCCCUGUAGAUGCUUUAGUUGGAGAGAAGAAAACUUUAGAUGACAUUGGUCUUAACAACGAUAAUAAUGAAACGGAAAUUGAGGAAAAUCUGAUUAUACAAAAUGAAGAAAUGUAUACUCCUGUAUUACCUUCAGACGGAGAAGAAAAAACUUUAGAAGAAAUAUUUUCAACCAAAACAGAAAUUGGGGAGAAAGUUCAAAAGAAAAUUGAAAUAAUAUUUGAUUCUGCAGUAGCUUUAAAUGAAGAAAAUGAUACUUCGGAAGAAAUGUGUUUUAUCAAUGAUAAUAAGAAAGCAGAAAUUGAGGAAAAACUCCAAAUAAAAAGUGAUGGGAAAUAUGAUCCUGUAGCAUCUUUAAGUGCAGAACAGGACACCACCUUGGUAGAAAUAUGUUAUAAUAAUGAUAAUAAAGAAACACAAGUUGAUGAAAUAUUGGAAAUGGAAGGUGUUGGAAUAAAAGAUCCUGUAGUGCCUUUAUUUGAAAAGGAAGAAAUUCAGAAAGAAAUAUAUUCUAGCAAUGACAAUAAAAACAAAUUAGAAACUAUUUUUAAUAACGAAAGUGAAUUUCAGGGACAAGACGAUUCCAAUAAUAUUUUGAUGGAGAGGGAAGCUAGGAGGUUAUUAGCUGAAGGUCUUGUGGCAACAUAUCAGCAAGCAGAAAUCGCUCUUCAAUUAAAAGAGCUUAACUUAGAUGAAGACGAUGGUGCAAUUCUUGCUGCCGCAAAUGAUUGCGUUUCCUUAGAAUCUGCAAUUGCUUUUCUGCAGCAGGAAUGUCAGCUAUGUGCAGGGAAAUACUCUGUCAAGCAGAUGAUUUCAAUGUUGGAGUGUGAACAUAGAUGUUGCCUGGAAUGUGCCAAUAAUUAUUUUACUCUCCAAAUUACUGAAAGAAGCAUAAAUGAUUGCACAUGUCCUUUCUGUAAUGAACCAGAUAUUUUUCAGCUAGAAGAAGAAAAAGUUCUUACUUAUUUCAGUAAUCUAGAUAUACUCCUAAAAGGUUUAGUAAAAGAAAAUGUGCAUGAAUUAUUUCAAAGAAAACUACGAGACCGAACAUUAAUGCAGGACCCUAACUUCAAGUGGUGUAUUAAGUGUUCUUCAGGCUACAUAGCAAACCCGAGACAAAAAAGGCUAAUGUGUCCUGACUGUAAAGCAGUAACAUGCGCUAAGUGUAUGAAACCUUGGGAAAAAGAGCAUGAAACAAUGAGUUGUGAGGAAUAUCAAGCUUGGCUACAAGAGAAUGAUCCAGAAAACCAAUUAGCACAGCACCUUGAUGAAAAUGGGGUAACCUGUCCAAAUUGUAAAUCAAAAUAUCUUCUUGCUAAAGGAGGCUGUAUGCACUUAAUUUGCCCACAUUGUAAGCAUGAAUUUUGUUCUGGUUGCUCUAAACCUUUUUUGAUGGGAAAGAAGUGUUCUCUGUCCGAAUACUGUGAAAAGUUAGGACUUCAUUCACACCAUCCAAGGAACUGUUUAUUUUACUUGAGGGACAAAGAACCAGAACAACUCGAAAAACUUUUAGAAGACAAUAAUAUAAAUUUUAAAAAAGAAGAAAUAAUAGAGAACAAGCGUUGCAAUAUUCAGCUGCUGAAAGAAACUUCUGAAGGAUUAAUUGAAGCAAUUUGUGGCUUCACAACAGUUAAAGCAGGACUUUGCAGGACGCACUAUGUAGAAAGCCUGGUGACUGCAAUUCGAAACAACAACAUAGAUCCAGUGGUGCUACUUGAUUAUGGAGAAUCGCUGCAAGAACUAAAACGACAUGGAAAGGAACCACCAGAAAGACCAACUGGAAUGUCAGAAUAUCACCAUUGGCAGAACUGUCUUAAGAUAAUUGCAGAUGAAAUACCAUUGGACUGAAGAUUACAUGAUGUUUUGAUUCAGCCAUCUUACAAUGAAAAUAAUUUAAAUCUCAAAUAGAGAUUAUGCUGUACAUAUAUUUAUUAUUUAGGAACACAUAUUACUGUAAACAGUGUCAACAGUGAAGAAUGAACAUUUAAUAGAUUUAUGAAUAUUUAAAUAAUGUAAUUAUAAAUAUAAUAUUAACUUGUAAUUAAAAUAUAAUUUGUUAUAAUUAAAGCUUCUAAUGUUUCUUAAAAUGUUUUUCUUAUGGAAUAAGUAAGUAAGCAAGAAUCCUACCAUAAAUUAAACUGGGUCUAUACAGUGUACUGGUACUGGUCAGAAUUGUUUUGCCAACACCAAAAACAAUACUACCAAUAGUGGUCUAUAAUAUCUCCCAGAAAUCUGUAUCUGAGUGACACAAAUCGGUUGCAUUCUGUAAUGAAGUGAAGGGCAGUUUCUGGUGUGUUUUGCACAGAUUGCAGAGUUCAUCAUCCACUAUCCCACAGAUCUUUAAAUGUCUUUUAAGUCUGCAGUGGCCUGUUAGUAUUCCGAUGAUGAGUCGGAUUUAUUUUUUAGUUGGGCCCAGCAGUCACUUACUUUUGAAGGGGAAGGGGCUUUUGAUAAAUUGUUUGACUUCUUCAAGCCCAGUGCAUUCCCUCUACUCCUUAUCUAUUCUUUUCCCAAUCCAAUCAAGAACUUCUUUCCACUUCCAUACAGUGUAAAAAAAACAAUUGUUUUAUAAUAAUUAUGUUAUAAGACAAGUCUGUUAUAAAAGUUAAUAAAAAAACAAACAAGAGGAAUGUAAUUUUGUAACAAAAUUAUGACAAAAAGAUUCAAUAUAUACAGGCAUUUCUUUUUCUGCAAAUGUGGUUGUUUUUCCUUAAGGUCUACCUUCAGCUGGUCAAAUAAUGAUGCAUAGUAUGCUUCUAUAAUUGUUUUUCCUUUUUGAAGACAGUCAAUCAAAAUAACUCCAUGACUAUCCCAAAAAACAGUCGCCAUCACUUUCGCAGCCGAGGAAACAGUUUUUGCUUUUUUUUUGGAGCUGGUUUAACCUUUGCACUGUUUGGACUGUAUUUUUAUUUUGGGCGUAUAAUGGUGUAUCCAAGUUUCAUCUACAGUAAUUAAUCUUCAAAACACGGAUUUAUUGAGCCUAAACUGAGCCAACAGAGCUUUGGAAAUGUUCAUUCGAACAUAUUUUUGGCAACGCGGCAUCCAAUGUGCGGACAGCUUUCUUAUAUCUAAUUGUUGAUUUAAUAUGUAACAAACACGUUUUUUUGACAUGUUCAUAAUCCCUGCUAUCUCUCUCACUUUAAUUCAGCAAUCGUCUAGCACCAUUUGGUGAACUUAGACGAUGUUUUCGUCGGUAGUUGCAGUUCUUGGACAUCCCGAACGUUCAUCGUCUUCCAAGAUCUUAUGGUUACGUUUAAAUUCAGCUACCCAAAAUUUCACUGAGGUAAACGAUGGUGCAGAGUCCUUAUACAUAGAAAACAACUCAUCUUUGAUUUCCGUAGGCGUAUUGCCUUUCAAAAACAAAUAUUUUAUGACAGGUCCAUACUCGAUGUUGUCCAUUUUCACAAAAACACUCACAUCAACUCACUCAAAGACUGUUACAUAAAAACUGUGCGUCCAAAAUGGCUGAAACUUUGGUGGGUAACUGUCAACAGAUAAACAACAAAAUUAACUUGAUUUUAUUUACGAGUGCUGCUAUCUUCACGUUGCAGUUGAAAACUUUUCAGACCACCCUCGUAUGUUCCUGUACCACACUAUAAAUAGAUCUGUAUGGGACAGACUUCGACCAGACUGUCCCUGCACUCUGAGAACGGCAAAUGCAGUGGGAGCAGUGGCUGCUGGAAUCAGAAGCAAUCCACUCGAAAACAACAAAUAAUGUCUCAGGAAAUGGGAGUCUCUGUCAGAUCAAUGGCUCCCAUAGUAAAAAGGAUGGGUGCAUUGCAAAGAAUGACAGGACUUCCCUAAAAAAAAUAGAGUGGAUAGAUGCAAAGUGCCCCUUGGCCAACCACCAAUUCUCUUCAUCGAAAGAUUUUGUUUAGCUAUGAGAAAAUAUUUACAAUUGAAGAGUGUGUACGCACCCAGCUAUAAAGAAGCCAUUGAAAGAGUGGAAAAAGGUUAAAACAGCCACUAAAAACUAUCAGGAUCAUAUUUUGGAACCUGUUGUCAAGCCUCUAAAUAAUACUCUGUUUGCUAAGAUGUUACAGCAACUUUCUCCUCAAAAUCGGCUAACCAGAGGUGGAACUUUAUAUCAUCGAUUUAACACAUUUUUACGAUUUCCUCACAAACAGCUCUCACUAUUUUGAUUAAACUCAGUAUAUCAGUGUAUUAUUAAGCAGUUUUUAAUAUAACGUAGGUUUUAUUCUCAUUUAUGAUCUCUAACAGGGCUUAAAUAGCUAAUUUUCAAUAUUAGAUUCCUCUAAAGUACCUUCAAUUUUUUUUUUAUUUGAAACAAUCAAGCAUUUCACAUUGAUCUCUAAUAUAAAAAAUAGUUAAAUAUAAAAUAUGAAAGAAUUUGAUAAUUAACUGAAGGAGAAAUAAGAGAUCGUAACAGAGAAUAGCGCGGCUGAGCUCACACAAAAGGUUAUAACAGGCUUCCAUACUUAACAUGAGCUUAAUAUCAUGUCUCCAACAAUAUUAUGUACAUAUACACAUGCGGUUUUC